AAAAGCUGAGGAGUACCUGCGGCUAUCCCAGGUGAAAUGUACAGGAUUAAUGGCUCAGAUGACAGCGACGAGCACUGCUGUGAUGUGCCUUGACCUAGCAGCCAGUUUCAUGAAACAACCAGUUGACAAAAGCUAUUUUGUUAAACUCUCCGGUUUGAGCAAGACGACCUACCAGAGCUCCAUGAAGUCUUUGGAAUGCUUGCUAGAGGUGAACCCCAGGUUGGGAAUGCGAGACUUGGCUGUGCAAUUCUGCUGCACAGAGGCAGUGAGCACCGCGUCAAAAAUACUGCAGAGGUAUGAAUCCAGCCUUUCGGAAGCACAGCAAACGGACCUGGAUUUCUCAAAACCGCUUUUUGUAACAGCUGCGCUGUUCACUGCCUGCAGGUGUUUGAAGUUAAAAGUGGACAAAACUAAAAUGUUGGCUACAUCUGGGGUGAAGAAAGCAAUAUUUGACCGGCUGUGCAAUCAGCUGGAGAAGAUAAGCCAGCAAAUCAGCAAAGAUGACGUUCCACUGGCUGCAGAGACAGCCGAGCGCUUGAACACCUAGCAGCGAACUGAAGGCAGAUCUGAAAGUGAGGAGGAGCUGCCGUGCAAACAGCCAAAGACUGAAACAAAGCAAGACUAUGAAGAAUGGAAGAAGAAAAUCCUGGAAAAUGCUGUCAAGGCACAAGAGACUUGUAUGGGACUGAAGUCUCUUGUGCUUGUAAGGGGUCCCAAAUAUUCCAAGAAACAAUAA